AUGGCAGCCGUCGGCGGCGAUCCCUCUCCCGUCGCUGCUCCUUCCAAUCCCUCGGCGAUGAGCAGCUGGCCCGUAGGUGUCUCCUCGUUUACCCACACCCCGUGCUACAGUGAAGAAAAUGUUUACAUGUUAUGUAAGGAGCUUAUGAGAACUGGAGUGGCUGAUCCCGCGGGCACUGAUCUUUAUGUUGUUUUCAUAUCAAACGAGGAAAAGAAGGUUCCUCUCUGGCAUCAGAAGGCAGGCCAUUCUGACGAUGGAUUUAUUUGCUGGGAUUAUCAUAUGAUCUGCAUCCAGUCUAGGCGAAGCAAAGGAGAAGUUCUUGAUUUUGUUUGGGAUCUGGACUCCGAUCUUCCUUUCCCUUCCCCAUUCAUCCAAUAUGUUUCUGCUGGGAUUCAACCACUAUCAUUCGGCAAUUCCAGAUAUGCAAGACUCUUCCGUGUGAUUCAUGCUCCUGUGUUUCUUCGAUCGUUUGCCUCAGAUAGAAGCCAUAUGAAGGAUCCUGAGGGGAACUGGAUUCAGUUACCCCCAAAAUAUGAACCAAUUGUGGCUGAAGAUGGAACCACCAAUAACCUCAAUGAGUACAUCAUGAUGUCUGUGGAGGAUGUGGUGGACUUAGAAAGUAUGGCUAAUGAUGUUUACUACAACAAGCAUGGUGUGGUGGUAAAUGAAGCGAUCUUGCCUAAAUUCUUUGCUCAGCUGCCUGAUCCACAUACUUAG